AUGGUAUUAGCUGGUAAGUUUGUAUAGCUUGUGUCUUUGUACUGUAAGUCUUGUACUAAAAAAUAAUUUUAAAACUUUUUUUGAAAGAUAUGCUAGAUACAUUAAGAUUUUACUGUAACUUCUUUAAAGCUUUUAAUAGGACUUUACUCUGAAGUAGUGUAAAAUACGGCUUCUUUAAGACUGUCAUUUUAGUUUCACCCGAGCCUUUAGUGACAAUUUUGAGUGAAGUUGUUUAUAAUACAACUGAACGAAACGACUCUCCAAUCAAUAUUGAUGUAGGCAAUGUAAUUCUAAAAUGUAAUGCAAAAGAAGUUAUGGUAAUAUUUGAAAAUAUCAAACCAUUCAAUGGACAAAUAUAUGCAACAUUGGUGGAUAAGGAAAAGGUAGGCUUUUUUAAACCGCUGUACGUAAAAAAAGGAAAAGUUAGGCUUUUUUAAACCGCCGUACGUAAGGCUUAGGCUUAGGCUUAGGCUUAGGCGUAGGCUUAGGCUUAGGCUUAGGCUUAGGCUUAGGCUUAGGCUUAGGCUUAGGCUUAGGCUUCCAGCUCAAACUUAAGUUCAAGAUCAGGUUCAAGUUCGUUUUUAAGCUCAAGCUCAGACUAAGAUCAGAACAAAUGUGAGGCUUGGCCAAUUAUAAAAAUAAAUACAUUUUCAGCGUCUAAACACAAUAAAAAUAAAAAAGGGCAACUACACGUCAAUCCAAAUGCCUAUUUGCACGUAUAAUAACAAUGACUUUUCUUCUUCAACCCGCUUAUUACCAUGUGAACUUAAGUUCAACCAACUGGUAGUCAACAUAUUCAUCAUAACCAACACUUUCAACUCGAAACACUUGAUAACGUGGGCUGAUAUUGGUUUACAAGCACGGUGUGACUACCGAAAACAUGCAAUUAGUCAGAGUUUUAAUGGUCAGGUGGAGAAACUGUUUCCGACGAAAGUAAGAGGGCAUUAGUAUGAACAGAUUAAGCAUAUCAUCUGGUGUGACAUAGGUUGUAAUUAGCAUGAAAGGUGUACUUGUUUUGAACUUUUUUUGUGCUAAACACACAAAAAAGUAACCUAUCCUACCCUACUCUAGGGUAAUUUUUUUUCUACCUUAGCCUUAGCCUUAGCCUUAGCCUUAGCCUUAGCCUUAGCCUUAGCUUUAGCCUUUGCCUUUGCCGUUGCCUUUGCCUUUGCCAUUGCCUUUGCUCUGCCUAGGCCUUAGCCUUAGCCUUAGCUUUAGUCUUAGCCUUAGCCUUAGCCUUAGCCUUAGCCUUAGCCUUAGCCUUAGCCUUAGCCUUAGCCUUAGCCUUAGCCUUAGCCUUAGCCUUAGCCUUAGCCUUAGCCUUAGCCUUAGCCUUAGCCUUAGCCUUAGCCUUAGCCUUAGCCUUAGCCUUAGCCUUAGCCUUAGCCUUUGCCUUUGCCUUUGCCUUUGCCUUUGCCUUUGCCUUUGCCAUUGCCUUUGCUCUGUGUAGGCCUGUCUUUGUCCUGACUUUGCACUUUUGCUUUGAUUUUGCCAUGCCUUAGCUCUGUUAUUGCUUUAUUUUUUCAUUUUUUUUACUUACCUUACCCUUUUUUAUCCUUCUUUUACCAUUUUAACUUACCCAUGCUUUUUCUAAGCCUUUUUAUAUCUACUUAAAGUCUAUCUUAACUAAACACACAUUUUUUUAGAAAUCCACAGACUUAAUUACAUUUAAUUCUCAUUACUCAAUAAUUUUGGAAAUUGGUGAUAUCAGAAGAGCUCCUGGCACUUUGGCUAAUCUUGUUGAUUUCACAUUUACUCGAAUAGACAAUGACACAGAUUUUGUCAUAAAAGUGUGCAAAUUGGGCAUACCACGGUUGGAUCGAUGGCAGGAUAUUAUUGUUGACAAGUGGGUUUUAAAUUUUUUAAAUUUAAAUUUAAUUUUUUUUUUAUUUUUAAUGUUUUUUUUUAAUUUAAAUAUGUUUCAGCUACCCAGUUCUAAAAUUCUACCUAUUGCUGUAUCAAGAUGGCAUAGUAAAUAUAAAGCCAAAUGUAAAAAAGUUUUCGACCCAACUAUUUUCUUUGGCUUAUGAUGACUUUUCACCUCAGACAAUGGAACUUCGAUGCAGUUUUGAAGAAUGCCCGGUUGGUGGAUGUGACUCAAAGCCGUGGUAAGUUAGACCAAGCCGUAAGAUAAUAUUUACAAUAAAAUAAUAAUCGUAUUUUACAAUUAAAAACUUUCAAAAUAAGCUUUUUGUAUUUAUUAUUAUAGGUCAUUCACUUAAUUCUGCGCCCCCUUAUUAAAAAAAUUUAAAAACUUGUAAAAAAAUCAAUUAAUUUCAGUGCCCUACCACAACGUCUAAAACGACUAAAAAAGCGAUUUAAACAGAAGCUUCGACCGAAGAAAUUGACCAGAAGACCUGUCAGACUACGGUCAUUAAAAUUGUAUCAAAAAUGA